AUGGCCCCAGCAGCCCUUUUUUUAAAAGCCCUGCUGCUCUGGGCCGUGCUCUCCCUGGCUGGUGGCUUGUGGAUUCCACGGCACCUGCCCACCCAUCAUGAUGACCUCGCAGAAAGCUCAGCCCGUGACCGCCGAAGCUCUUUUCCCGCUCCUCACAGCCGUGCAACUCCCACUCAUCCUCCCCUGUCCGCUCUCUCUCUGCUGUCUCGGUUGUUUGCGAUCCAUGUCAAUAGCACGGACAGUAUCAUUGCCAACAACAAUUUUGACGAGGGUUCCACAGGGUCCGUUGUUCCCAGUUGGGACCAAGUCGUCCCGGCAGAUGGUUCGUUCUCCUACGUCAUUUCAUCCACCAACCAGCACUUGAACGGCUCGGUGCGCUUUUCCAGCUCUAACACCAACCGAGGCUACCUUUCUCAAACCCUCGGCAUUCAGUGGCAGCCGGGCCGUCAGUACAACCUGACAGCAUACCUCUUUGAUGCUGAUG